GCCCAGGGCGCAUGCGCAAGAACAGGCGGUUAGGUUUGAAUAGUGAAGCGGCGGCCCCGGCCGAGCCUAAUGGGCGCAGCGGGAGUAAGCGGCGGCCCGGAGGCGUUGGUGCCUUGAGGGCUGGAUUUGGAGCGGAGCCGCGGCGGGUGAGGAGUCCUUAAUGGCGGCGGCCCCUGAGCGGGGCGGCGCGGAGAGAGGAAAAGCACGCCCUUCAGAAAUGGACAGGAUUUAUUCAGAAUCAAAUGAGGAAAAUGAUCAUACAGAACGCAUCAGAAGGCAAAGGCGUUCCUCGAUUUUAAAAGCUCCGCGGAGUCCUCUCAAGGACCUUGGGAGUGGGAAUGAAUUCACUCAGGAUUAUGACACUGAGAAGCGUCGGAAGAACUCUCGCCGUGUCAGCUUUGCAGAUACCAUAAAAGUUUUCCAGACAGAUCUUCAAAUUAAUGUGGUAGAGCCAGAAAAUACAGAGAGAGCAGCAAAUAUAAGGAAUCAAAUCCUGUUUAACCAAAAUGAAGGACCUGAAACCGUUCAGUGCGAGAUUACUGGAAUGGACACUUUGCUUCAUGCCCCAAUCCAGACACCGGUGCAGCAGACUGAGUGGCAUGAUACAGACAACAAUCAAAUGAAUAGAAACAACAGAACACUUAUCUUUUUGGAUGAAAACGAAAUGGAUAUGACAGCUAGUCACACUGCAGUGAUCACACGUAACCUUAAAAGCAAUGAAGAAAUUGACAAACCUAGGAAAAUAGACAUCAAAUCAUUUUUAGCUGGGUUAACAUCUAAAAAUGAAGGGCCAGAAAUGAACAAGGAAUUUCGUUUUUUCUGUGAUCCUACAGAUGCAAAUUAUGCAUGUCCGUCUCUUCAACAGAAGCCAGACUUUGACCCAGUAAAGAAAAUAGAUUUCAGUGAAUUCUUGACAAGCCUGAAGUCAAGUGAAAUGUUUGCCAGCCCUACUCUUGAAGGACCUGACAAGGAGAACCUGUUUUUUGUCCCUUCACAACUUCCAGAAAGUAAUGCAUUUCCUCCAGUGGAGUGUGUACAUUCCCAUGCACAAGAGAACACCGGCAAUGUGACUAGAAUCUUCAGAGGACAAGAUGAUGGAAUGGAUAUUACGAAGUGUCAUGUAUCUAACAUUAAUACCAUGUUCCCCAAUACUUGUGAAGCCUUAUCAAAGCAAUUAGAAUGUGGUGAUGUAACUGUGGCUUGUGGAGAUAUGGAUAUGACUGCCAGCCAAACUGUAAAAAUGUCCCUUUCCAAAAAUAACACAUUCAACAUUGAGAAACACAGUCAGACCAUCAGAAUGGAUUUAUCAUCCAGUUUUGUGUCUGACCAUUCUAGAUUAAAGAGAACAUCUAACAAUCAAAUGAUUGUUCCACAGGACCCCCAAAGGUGUGUUGAAAAGAAAACUGUAAGUGUAGAAGAUGAGGAGGGUAUUACUCAAAACCAUACUAUCUUGAUAGACAGUUACAAAGCAUCACAGACCUCUAAUCAAGGUUGCAGAACAAGGACUGUGGUUCCUGGAUGUGUUUCUUGUGAGCCCGUCUUCCAUGGUGAUAAAACCAUUGUCUUUUCCAGCUGUAAUGAUAUGGAAGUUACUGGGAACUGUACAGUUGUAAACUGUAAUGAAACUUCCAAGGCAACUGGCAAGUCUUGUUAUGAAGCUUUUCAAAACCCAGGAAAUGCCAUCUCUUUGCUAAUGGAAAAAACAGUUUCAAGAGAUGACGACAUGGACAUUACAAAAUGUCAAAUAACUUCAGAUAAUCAAGUUCUCAGGCAAUGUACAAAGAAUGCACACACAAUAUCUUCUGUGCCAGAUAAUGGAAGUGAAAAAGGGAUCCAAAAUCACAGAGCUGCUUCUGAGACUCUGGGGCUAGAUUCAAAUGCAAAUCCUGGUUCUUGGACUUCUAAGGGCACAUUUCGACACAGCACAGUGACCUCUCUGCUCAUUUCAUGGCCAACUGACAAAACAAUAGUCUUCUCAGGGGAAGAUAUGGACUUGACUAGAAGUUAUAUUGCCAAGGAUGUUGAAAAGGACAUUGCAAGUCAACUUCCUCCUGUCUCUGCUGGUAUGUCCACUUCUGUGAAAUUCAAACCUCAAAGUUUUGGUAACAAAUCUAGCUCUUCUAAUUUAAAUGAGCAGGAAGAAAUGGAAAUAACUAAAUGUCAUGCUGUAGUCAUUGACAAUCAAAACACUGGAAUAACUACAAGCCAACAACAUAUGCAGCCUAAAACUAUUCCAGGAGAGAACUGGAACAAAGAAGUGAAUGAAGCUGUAAGUCUUCUAAACCUUGACAAGGAAAACCCUCUUUCAGGAAUGAGUGAUCACAUGGAUAUUAAAAGAAGCCAUCCCAAUCCCAAAACCAUUAUUUUUUCAUCACAAGAGCAAGAGAUGGAAGUCCCUAAAAGCCACACCAUUGCCAGCAAUAACUGUGUGCUGAAACCUUUACAAAGGCAAAACUGUGAAAUAGCUCAACAAUUGAGGAAAAGUCUAGUCAACCCUUCACUUGCCUAUACUAAUGACAAAACUGUUGUUUUUCCAGAUGAUCAAAGUAUGGAUAUAACCAGAAAUCAUACUGCUGCUCUUGACUUUGCUCCUAUUCUAGUAGCACAAGAAUAUGAGAGUACACAUAUUCAGAACAGUGUAAUAUCUAAACCAAAACAACUACAAAAUAAGACCCUCUUAUUUUCUGGUGGUUCUGAUAUAGAUAUUACUAGAAGUCAGACUGCAGCAAUAGAAUGUGGGAGUCUCACAAUAAACUCAAAUCAAAAGGAUGACACUCCUGGAAAUAACCAAAUUCCAGCCCUUGUUGCUCCAAGGUUUUCUUUCACUUCCAGUGAUGAAGCCCUUCCCUCUGAUAUUAAAGGAAAUGUGCAUUUUGGGAAGACAGCGGGAAUACACAUUGACUCAAAAAAUUCCAAAUUGGAACAGCAAAGCCAUACUAUGGUAGCAUUAAACAAGGUACUGUCAAACACUGCAAAUUCUGAGAGACUUUCUUCAACUAGUAAAGCAGCUUCACUUUCUUCAAAACAGGACUUCACUAAAACAGCCAGAACAUCGAUGCCAGAUAUCAAAAAUUCACAGAUGGCGUCUCUUUUGGAAAAGUCAGUUGUUUUUUUCUCUGAGGAAAAUAUGGAUUUGACUGGUAGCUGUGUAGUAAAUGUUCCUGAUACCGUUUUAACAGAAAGAAAAGACAAUACAUUAUUUCCAAAGAAAAAGGACUUGACCUCAUGCCCUACCAUUAUAGCUGCAGAUAGUCUGCAGCAACAAGGAUGUGACCAAUGCCCCUUAAAGCCAUUGUCUCUUUCAAAUGAGAAGACUGUCAUAUUUUCAGUGGAUGAUGAUAUGGAGAUGACUAAAAGUCACACCAUGGCAACAGACCAUAAAAUUUACCUACAAGGCAAGAGGUCAAGUAAUGUAAUACCCUUAAUCCCUGCAGAUAAAACUGUUGUAUUUACCUACAGUGAUGACAUGGAAAUAACUAGACCCAACACUGUUGUAAUUGAUAAACCCAUAGAAAAGGCUGCAUCCCAGACUGUGCCUGAAGUAGGUAAAGGGACUGGAAGGAAAAGUCUGAUUGGAUCAACCAGUGAAAAGACUGUUGUGUUUUCACUGGGUGACGAGAAUGACAUGGAGAUGACCAAAAGUCACACCAUGGCAACAGACGACAAAAUUUACCUACAAGGCAAGAGUUCAGGUAAUGUAAUACCCUUAAUCCCUGCAGAUAAAACUGUUGUAUUUACCUACAGUGAUGACAUGGAAAUAACUAGACCCAACACUGUUGUAAUUGAUAAACACAUGGAAAAGGCUGCAUCCCAGACUGUGCCUGAAGUAGGUAAAGGGACUGGAAGGAAAAGUCUGAUUGGAUCAACCAGUGAAAAGACUGUUGUGUUUUCACUGGGUGACGAGAAUGACAUGGAGAUGACCAAAAGUCACACCAUGGCAACAGACGACAAAAUUUACCUACAAGGCAAGAGUUCAGGUAAUGUAAUACCCUUAAUCCCUGCAGAUAAAACUGUUUUAUUUACAUACAAUGAUGACAUGGAAAUAACUAGACCCAACACUGUUGUAAUUGAUAAAACCAUGGAAAAGGCUGCAUCCCAGACUGUGCCUGAAGUAGGUAAAGGGACUGGAAGGAAAAGUCUGAUUGGAUCAACCAGUGAAAAGACUGUUGUGUUUUCACUGGGUGGUGAGAAUGACACGGAGAUCACAAACAGCCAUACAGCACCAAUAAACCGUGAAAUUGCCCCACAAGGUGAGAGAGCACCUCAAACCCAGUCUGUAGUUCAUGGAGAUAAAAUGGUGUUUGUAUUUAAUCAGGCUGAUAUGGAAAUAACUGAAUCUCACACUAUUGAUAAAACUAUGGAAAGAGUCAUGCAUGUGGAUAGAUUAAAACCAGAUAAGUGGAUUGGACAGGAAGCUUUUUCAAAUAGCAAAACAGUUGUGUUUGCGAUGGGUGAUGACAUGGAGACUACUAAAAUCCAUACAAUGUCCUUAGAUGAUAAAAUUGCCCUACAAGGUGAGCAGACCACCCGCAUUGGUCCUGUUCUUCCUGUUAAUGAAACCACUGUGUUUACGUGUAACCAGGAUAAGAUGGAUAUCACUGCAUCUCACACUGUUGCUAUUAAUAGUAAUAAUCUUAAAGGAUCUGAGAACCAAGAAAUGUCAAGUAAAAGCCACCACCAGCAGAAUUUAUAUAGAACAUCGGCCCCUAUCUGUGGAGAGAAAAUGCGUUUUAUGCAUGCAGAAGAUUUGGGUAAUGGAUGCCACUCAGAUUUUAGGGACAAACAUGGACCGGAUUUCCCUGCUUUAUCAGUUUUAGUAUUUCCCUAUAAAAAGGAAGAAACAGAUACAUUGAAAAUCCACAACGUUGCCAUGGAAAAGUCCAUUGGUCCUGUUACUCUGUCACUUCCUGAAGUCACUUUGGAUAUUGUUCAGGAACCACAGAAUGUUAUUAACCUUCCCAAGGGCAACUCAAGUUCUGUAUACUGCCAGGAUCUGAGAAAACAAGUAAAACCUAAAUCAAAGAGAGUAUCUUUCAAGCUUCCAGAGAACCAAAUAGAAUCCCCGACUUACAAGAUUGAAAGUCAAAGAAAAGUUGCUGAGAAUAACCUCCUGGAUUGUGAUGAAGAAAAUUGUAAUGGUGUGUCCCAGGUUCAAAUUCCAGUCCAGCAGUCUCACUUAUCUAAAGAGAUCACUGAUAGUUUGAACAGGGGUGCAGUUAAUGUGUUGGAUACUGGAAGUAUAGACUUGAAAGAUGAUCCAGGGAAGUUGACUUCAUCUGGACAUGAACGCAGGCCCACAGAGUUAGACAUUGAUGGAUCAGACACUGUUCUACUUUCUUACAAAGAGACUAAGGAAAAUGAGGGAGUAUCUACUGAAUGGGAAAAACUUACAACAGAUUCCCAAAAAGACUCUGAACAGACUAAGCAGUUCUCCCAAGUCAAUGACAUUCCUGCAGAACAAGUAGAUCCCAGCCUUGUGUCUGAAUUAUCAGGUAUUGUUAAUAUUUGUUCAAGGCUAAAAAAUUGUAGAAGGAAGUCUGAAGUUGUCCCAGUCUCUCAAACUGCUGCUGUGUCUAAUCUUGCUGAAACUUUUCCCAAGUUGGCAACACAGCCAGAAGAUCCUUUGAGUUUAGGAAAAGAUGUUGAAAAUAUGUCUAAUAAUGCAUUUUAUAUCAAAGAACAGGAAAAUAUAUAUCUUGAAACUGGAGAUGCUCCUUUAGACACAACACAUACAGAUAAAUGUCAAGUGAGAAAGCUACCCCUAGGUAUCUUCCCGCCUAAAUUGCCAAACAAAAGAAAUUCCACUGUUCCAAGUGUAGAAGACCUCAAUGCCAAAUCAGUGGGCGGAGUAGAAGCUCAGGUUCCAGAAAUAAAUUUAGUCACCAGCAAAACCUCUGACAACAUCUAUCCCAUUGGAAGGCAGAACUUGAGCCCUUCUCAGUAUAUAGAUGAGGAAUUGCUUCCUACAUGCCCAGAGGAAAUGGAUUUAGUUGACUUUGUAAGUUAUGAGCCCCUUGAUGGAACCUAUAAUGAGAUGAACAAAAAAGAGAUCUUUCACAAUCAAAGCUAUCCAUUAGAGGAGCAAGAAACUUUCAGCAACCAGAAGAGAGCUUGGGAACAAGAGGAAGAGGAACUCCAGAAAGGAAAGAAGAUCAAGAGGGCUGAGAGCUGGGAUGGUGAUACCACAAAAGAACAGCGGGCUACCUCCAGCAUCAUUUUGUCUCAUACCCAAGCAGAAACUCGAGAGGGUGAAAAUCCUCCAAGUCUAUCAGCUAAAAGCCUGGAGAGGACCAACUCUAGCAACAGCAGCUGUCUGGAUUCUCUUAAAGCUGACAUAGAUCUUAGUAUGCAGCGAAGCAGUCAGAUGGAGUCUCAGCUUCUCAUGGACAGUAUUUGCGAACAGAAUUUAUUUGAGAAAUUUCAGGAUGGUGUUAUCACAGUAGGGGAGUUUUUUACGCUUCUCCAGGUCCAUAUUCUAAUUCAGAAACCCCGGCAGAGUCAUCUUCCAGCCAAUUAUGCAGUGAACACAGCUCCUACUCCAGAAGACCUGAUUUUCAGCCAGUACAUUUAUCGCCCCAAGCUGCAGAUUUAUGAAGAAGAUUGCCAGGUUCUUUCUCAGAUGAUAGAAGAUUUAAAGUUGUGUGCAGGUGUCCAGGAUAAACUUUUGGUGGAUGUGAAUAAGAGCCUCUGGGAGGUGAUGAGGACCUUCUCUGACAAAGAGCUGAAGAACUUUGGAACAGAGUUGAAUAAAAUGAAAUCCUGUUUCACCAAGAAGAGUAAAGUCCUGGCUCACAAGGGGAAAGUGAAAUUGUAUGACAAUUUGGUGCAGGACACACAGAUCCAAUGGGAGAAACUACAGUCAAGAAUAGCAAAAGUGGAUGAAUUCCUCAGGGAGAUGGAUAGUUGUCUUUUAGCUCUGGAAACAGUUACUAAGUUGGAAGAAUGUGAAGCAGAUAUCAGUGAUCCAGUGGCAGAGUGGGAGUCCAAAGUGAGAAACUCUGAGAAAGAGCUUGAAAACCUCAAAGCCCAAGAAGAAGAGCUUCAAAGGGAUCUGUCAAAUCUGGAGGUUCAGAAGAAGCAGGGGUUUUCUGAGAUAAACUAUCUGCAGAAUAAAGCAAGUGAUUGUGAGGAGCUCCUCGACAAAUACAACUUCACUGAAUGGGAGAUCAGUGAAUGGAGCGAUCAACAGGCAGUGUUUACCUUCCUUUAUGAUUCUAUAGAACUGACUAUCACAUUUGGACCACCAGUGGAUGGUGCGGUUUUCAAUGAAAAUCCCUGCAGAAAGAUUGUUGAUAUGAGCUUUGAAUCUCUGUUGGAUGAAGAAAAAGCUCCACUCUCAUCAUGUCUAGUCCAAAGGCUCAUCUUCCAGUUUAUUGAAAGUCAGGGUUCCUGGCAGACAAAAUGCACAACAAUGCACCACUUGCCCCAGAUGCUGCAUGAGGUCUCAUUAGUGGUGAAUCGCUGUCGACUCUUAGGAGAAGAGAUUGAGUUUCUGAACAGAUGGGGUGGAAAGUUUAAUCUUCUGAAGAUAGAAGUGGAUAAUACAAAAGUGAAGCUCUUGUUCUCCACUUCCACGGUUUUUGCAAAGUUUGAGGUGAUAUUCUCCUUAUCUGCCAACUACCCAUCAGCCCAACUCCCUUUCACUGUCCAAAAACGGAUUGGGAGCCUUGGCCAUGAUGAAAUUUCUGCUGUUCUGUCCAAUGUGCCACUGGGCACCAACUACCUGAUGAGAAUGGUCAAAAUGAUUCAUCAUAACUUGCUGCAAGGUUCCCUGAUUGUUCACUAAAUCCACUCAGGUCAAUACAGUUCUGAAGCUGGAUGUCUGUCCUCUUCAAACUUACAAGAGUUGCCAGCUUCUUUUAGUGCUGUGAGAAUCUGAUUUAGCAACUGACUGUGAAUUGUCCAAUAUUUAAACCACUGAAAUGAAAUCUCAGUAAGCCUAUUACCAAACACCUCUCCUAUACCAAAGCAUGCGGAGGGAAUGCAGAAAUCUCUGUAGAGCCAAGGAGGAAUUUCAGAUGGCUUCCAUUAACUUGUCCCACUUUUCUCAUAUUUGUUUUCCUCUUCCCCAACCCUUCUAGCCACUGCUGGUUGUGGUUUCCCUUUUGUUACACUGCCACAUAAAAGAAAUUCUAGCUCCUAUAACCACCAGAAUUAGCCUGAUAAUUUAUCUCUGGUUUGUUAUUACCCAGGGCUAUUGUCUAUCUUCGAAGGCUUGCAUGACUGGAAGUUACUAUCACUAACUAGCCCAGAUUUUAAGUUUGAUUAUAUCAGCUGACUGGAAUGUCUCUCAGAUCACAGAAACUAUAAUUCUGGUUUCUGCUGCUUGACAAAAUUAUAACUUAUGAAAUUCACAAGUGGCAUGCACAGUUAGAAGUUUCUCUUUAAGGUUACAGAUCCCUGUUUCUAACCAUUGAUUUUGCAGUGCAACAGAACCCAAAGUCACAUGGAUCAAGUUGUGAACUUUCCCUUGUGGAAUUUGGUUCUAAUCAUUCUGCAUGUAGAUCCUUUUCUAUUGCUACGGUGUUAAGCUAUUUGAUGCACUUACUUAGGCUAGGUUCCCUAUUUCUCAAAGGGGUAAGAAGGCUAAAUUUGUAAAUCUGCUUUUGCUUAAUGUGUUCAACAGGUGACAUGGUAGGAGAUGUUCAAAAGGGCUGGAUCUAGCAGGCACACUUCUAGCACUGACCAUUUAAUUACUGUCUUGCUUGAGGCAGCUGUUUCCUUAGAAAAAAGCUCUGUGAUGAUUUUCAUUAAAUAGAUGGACUUUUCUCUGCCUAAACAGAGUCCCAAAUAGUGUUUGCUCUCUUUUUAUCUGCAGUAUUAGUACAAAUGGUUAUAAUAGAAACAACAAAUCCAGCUAAACAAAUUCCAACUAUCUGAAUAUGUCUUGUGAUGUACACUAUGGUCUCAGAAACAAGCAGCUCUCUUAGCUGUAUUUCAGUCAAAUUGAUCAUGUUUUGCUUAAUUAUUUUAUAAUUAAGUUUCUAAAGAACCUUUUAGUAAUUUUAAUGAAACUGACACUACUAGACUUUUUGCUUUACCUUUAAGGAUACUUUAUGGCAAAACUUUUUUAAAAUUUCAUCAUAAAUUCAUGUUUCUUCCAAAUACAAUCUCCUUUACCUGUUCUCCUUUUGUGACCUCAGUGGAAUUAGGAUCCUUGUUUAGCAAACCAUCCAUAUCAUUGCUUCCUUUAACUCUUUGUACUGAUCCUGGUAAUAGAUAAACUAGUAAAUUCUAAACAUUUGCUGAAUGCCCUAGAGAAGUUGGUGUAUAAUUUGCCACAGAAAUCACUAACUGACAUCCUGUCUGUCCCCAAGUUUCCUAUCGAUUGCAUGAGCUGUAAUGUUCUAGGAGCCUUAAGGAACAAUCAGUGCACUAUAUUUCAAAACUAAGAGAUCUGAGUAAUACCUUUGACAUACUCUGGACUGUUUUAUUAGUCUUAAUAGUAAAAUACAUUCUUCAGAUUGUCAGGACUGACAUGGUCAUGUCCUGGGUAAACAGACCCUGUUCCUAUGGUGUUGAAGCAUCUAGCACUUCUCAACUCUCCAUUCUAUAGGUGCCUGACCGUUUCUAUCUGUCUGUAAAAUAUAAUAAUUUUAAAAUGCAUUGAUAUAUUUUUAUGACGUUCUCUGGUUUUUACAAUUUUUCCUUCUACAGAAGGUAGUGAAAAGCUCAUUAAACAUUUGUAUCGUUAA